AUGGAUACAUUUCUGUCUGAAGAGCCAGAGUGGCUUGAAAGAAAUGUAUUCGGAGAAAUGAGGUUCUGGCAAGUCAUGUUCCUUUGCUUUGCUGGUGUUACUGCACUCAUCGUGAUGGCAUGCUGCUGUUUCCGUUUCCGGAUUCCACGCACGAAACAGCAGAUCGAGGCGGAUUACCAGAGACGGAAGAUCACCACAAAGUUUCGUCAACGGCUGGAGAGCAUAGAGGACACAAAGAUGGACGCCAUGUCGCUCAAUGAUGCCCUGGAACUGUUGUACGAGAAGAAAAGAGCGAUGGACAACCAACAAUCGUCUCAGCAGAGCUCCAUCGUGUCGCCGCAACAGAGUUCGAUGGACGCACCAUUCCAGCCUGAAGGUGGUCAGAAGCCAGAGCCCCAGGCGUCAGCGUCAGGCAUGAGCUUUGUCAAAUUCGCUUCCAAAGUGGCCACACUUUCCAAACUAAGUGGGCACAAGUCGCCUACCUCUCCUUCACCAUCUGGGACUAAAAUGGAUUUUUAAAAUAGCUUAAAUUCAUUGAGGGAUCCCUUGACAUAUCGCCAUUCAACCAUUCAAUGUAGGUAAAAAAAUGUAAAAUGUAGUCGAGUAGUUCACCAUCUGGGGUUAAGAUGGAUUAACUUUGAUUUAUUAAGGGAUCCCUUCACAUAUUGCCAUUCAACCCAUUUAAUGUACGUUAAAAAAUGUAAAAUGUAGUUGAGUAGCGCCGAGGCCAUUGAAAAAAUAAGAAUAAAGCUAUUUUUAACAAUCGAUAUCUACAAAUAAACAAUCACAUUGCAGUAAGAUGUUUUCUUUAAUCUAGAAAAUAAAAAAUACAGUAUAAACGGAUUUUAAAUCACAAGAAUAAUUACAUAUUCACAAAUAACCUCCGUAUUCUGCACAGAUGACAUAAUCUCGCGUUAAAACCGUCAGUAAAAACAAUGAUCAAAUAGUAAGCAAUAACUUUAAAGCAACAUUUAACUUACACUUUA